AUGCUGGAUGCUGAUCCACCCAUUGAUGAAAUUGCACCCUUCAUUCAUGAUGUCAAAGAGGCUGUGACAAAGUUUAGGGUGGAAAAGCAACUCGCACCUGUAACAUCAGUGCGGAGCUGCUCAAAGUGGGGGAGUGAGACCAUGAUCCGUGGGUUGCAUGCUGUCUUGACUGCUUUAUGGCAUUCAGGUACUAUUCCCCCUGACUGGAAAAAUGGGUUGGUCAUUCCUAUCUGGAAGGGAAAAGGGGACCGUCAGGACUGCAGCAACUGCCGCGGUAUAACACUGCUCAGCGAACCAGGCAAGGUGCUUGCCCAUUUCCUAUUGAUGCAUAUCUGCAGUCACUUGCUAAAACACCAGAGACCUGAAAAGUCUGGAUUCACACCUGGUAAGUUAACAACUGACCAGAGAUCCUAG